AUGCUAAAAAGGAAACAAAGUUCAAGGGUGGAAGCCCAGCCAGUUACAGAUUUCGGUCCUGAUGAAUCUUUGUCAGACAAUGCAGAUAUUCUGUGGAUUAACAAACCAUGGGUACACUCUUUACUACGAAUCUGUGCCAUCAUCAGUGUUAUUUCUGUUUGUAUGAACACUCCAAAGACCUUUGAGCAUUAUCCUCCUCUCCAAUAUGUGACAUUUGCUCUUGAUACUCUGUUGAUGUUUCUUUACACUGCAGAGAUGAUAGCAAAAAUGCAUAUCCGUGGGAUAGUUAAGGGUGAUAGCUCCUAUGUAAAGGAUCGUUGGUGUGUGUUUGAUGGAUUCAUGGUCUUCUGUCUAUGGGUGUCACUGGUUUUACAGGUGUUUGAAAUUGCUGAAAUAGUUGACCAGAUGUCACCCUGGGGCAUGUUACGGAUUCCACGACCACUCAUUAUGAUUCGAGCAUUCCGGAUAUAUUUUCGUUUUGAGCUGCCAAGAACGAGGAUAACAAAUAUCUUGAAGCGUUCCGGAGAGCAAAUCUGGAGCGUUUCAAUUUUCCUUCUGUUCUUUCUCCUCCUGUACGGGAUCCUGGGAGUGCAGAUGUUUGGAACUUUUACAUACCAUUGUGUGACCGAUGACACACAGCCAGGAAAUGUAACCUGGAAUAAUUUAGCUAUCCCAGACACCCACUGUUCCAGAGAGCUGGAAGAAGGUUACCAGUGCCCACCUGGAUUUAAAUGCAUGGACCUUGAAGAUCUGGGACUAAGCAGGCAAGAGCUGGGCUACAGUGGCUUUAAUGAGAUAGGCACAAGCAUAUUUACUGUUUACGAAGCUGCUUCUCAGGAAGGCUGGGUGUUCCUUAUGUACCGAGCAAUCGACAGCUUUCCCCGAUGGCGUUCAUAUUUCUAUUUCAUCACCUUAAUUUUCUUUCUGGCCUGGCUUGUUAAGAAUGUUUUCAUCGCAGUCAUCAUUGAAACGUUUGCAGAAAUUCGAGUGCAGUUCCAGCAGAUGUGGGGGUCCAGAAGCAGUACUACUUCAACUGCCACCACCCAGAUGUUUCAUGAAGAUGCUGCUGGAGGUUGGCAGCUUGUGGCUGUUGAUGUGAAUAAACCCCAGGGCAGAGCUCCUGCAUGUCUACAGAAAAUGAUGAGGUCAUCCGUGUUUCAUAUGUUCAUACUAAGCAUGGUGGCUGUAGAUGUGAUUGUUGCUGCUAGUAACUACUACAAAGGAGAAAAUUUCAAGAGACAAUAUGAUGAAUUUUACCUAGCUGAGGUUGCUUUUACAGUUCUAUUUGAUUUAGAAGCUCUUCUGAAGAUCUGGUGUUUGGGAUUCACAGGAUACAUCAGCUCAUCUCUUCACAAGUUUGAGUUGCUGCUUGUAAUUGGAACCACUCUUCAUAUUUAUCCAGACCUCUAUCACUCUCAGUUUACAUAUUUUCAGGUUCUUAGAGUAGUUCGGCUUAUAAAGAUUUCUCCUGCUUUGGAAGAUUUUGUGUAUAAGAUAUUUGGACCUGGAAAAAAACUUGGGAGUUUGGUGGUAUUUACUGCCAGCCUUUUAAUCGUAAUGUCAGCAAUCAGUUUACAGAUGUUUUGCUUUGUGGAAGAACUGGAUAGAUUUACAACAUUUCCACGGGCGUUCAUGUCAAUGUUUCAGAUUCUCACACAGGAAGGAUGGGUGGAUGUCAUGGAUCAGACACUGAAUGCUGUAGGACAUAUGUGGGCACCAGUAGUUGCUAUUUAUUUUAUACUGUAUCAUCUUUUUGCUACUCUGAUUCUACUCAGCUUGUUUGUUGCUGUUAUUUUGGACAACUUGGAACUUGACGAAGAUCUGAAGAAACUUAAACAA